AUGGCUCGCGCGGCUGCGCGGCUGGCGUUUGCAUGCCUUGCGCUGGCAGCCUUAGCGGCCGCCACCCACGCUGUGGCUACAGACGGCCCACCGGCGGUGCCCUCGAUACCUGCAACGGCUGCCGUGGCGCCUGUAGCAGUUGCCGACCCAGAGCCAGGGCCUAACUCCAAGCCAGCGGAGCCCUUGCCGGCAUCCACAGCCGCGCCCACGCCCGCGUCCUUAGCGUUCCUCAAGGCGGCCCCUGCGCCCACCCUGAAGCCAGAAUCCGACCAAGCGCUCGCGCUCAAGCCGGCACCCGCGGCGCCCACCCCAGCGCCCGCGGCGCCCGCGCCCACCCCUGUUGCGCCCAAGCCGGCGCCCGCGGCGCCCAAGCUGGAGCCGGCGCCCGCGGCGCUCGAGCCGGCGCUUGCGGCGCCGAAGGCGGGGCCGGCCCCUCCGGUCGCGUUUGGUGGGCUGUCCAGCGCACAGCUGAGCCAGCUGGAUCUCAGCAAGGCGGUGGCCGACACUCUGGUUGCGCCCAUCCAAGGGGCGUGCGUCAAGUUCCAGACCGCAGUGGCAUGCAACGCCGCGGGCAAGUCCAAGCUCUGCGCGUGGGACGCUGGGCAGACCCCCAGCUGCCGCGUCCCCGCCAACCUCGUAAGCACCGCCUUUUGCCCUGGAUCCAAGACGCGCCGCAUCGUGUCCUGCCAGCUCGCCGCCACCGAGGCGGCCUGCAAGGUCGCGGACCCGGCCUGCUCCUGGGCGCUCCCCCCCGCAGCCGCACUGCCGGCCGCGCCCGCGCCCGCCGCGAUCCCGGCGGCGUCGCGGCGUAUGCUGGCGGCGGCUGCGCCGACAUGCAGGGCGACCGAUGUGAGGGAGGUGGAGGAUGACAGGGUGGAGCUAGGCAAGCUGGCAUGGGAAAUCAUCCACACCAAGGCCCCCACUGAUUGCCCCAUCACAACCAGCACCCGCGUGCCCGCCACGCCGGCCAUCGCCUCGGCGUCUGGCGCUCCCUCAGCGGCCGCCCCGACGGCUCCCAGCGCGGCUGGCGCCCCUGCCGCCGGCGCCCGCGCGGCCGCGGCACUGGCAGCGCCAGCAGCCGACGCUCCUGCGCCUGCCCAGGCCGGCACCGGCACACCCGCGGCUGGCGACGACGGCAGGGCUGCACCUGCAGGCGCCGCGCCGGGCGCCACUCCAGGGCUGCGCCCCUCCCGGUCGGGCCUGGCGGGUUUGGCCGGUGGCGAGCACCCGGCUCGCCUGCGCCGCACGGCCCAAAACUCAGCGAGCAGCCUCGCCGCCACCUCGCUGGCCGGCGCCGCGGCGCUCUUGACCGCCGUGCUCCUGCUGUGA